AUUUUUUUUUAAAGAUGGCAGCAGUCUACUAGUCUAACAAGGUUGAUUCUUUGUUGAUGGUGGACGGAAAACGGGUUUGUUAUGAUGAGAUUAGGAGCUCAUUUGAGUCAUCAUUGUACGCUUUUUAGUUUGCCGACACGCGGUGAAAGAGUUGAGGAAGAGAUUUGUAGGUUGAGGGGGUCAGCAUGACUGAUGACCAUAAGAAAUGGACCUGCGAAUACUGUACGUACAACAACUGGCCCAGCGCCAUCAAAUGCACCCUGUGUCAAGCCCGCCAGCCUGUCCAGUACAUCAGUGCCCCCACCUCACCGGAGGCUCCCCGGAGAGAACUGAUACCCAGGGCCACGGGUACCGGGACAAUACCUCUGAUACUACCAGGUAGCGAUAACAGGGGACCGCUCUCCCCUGCCGCAAAGUGGUCCUGCAGAAUCUGCACUUACAUGAACUGGCCCCAGGCCACCAAGUGCGCCCUGUGCUACUCACCCCCGGGGAGCAGCAGCCCGACCCUGGAGUACCGGGGGAGGGGCGUGCCGAGGGCCAUCCGGAUGCCAAGGUCCCCCGAGGCGAGCCAGGUCGGCAACAACGACCGCAAUCGCAACCUGGGCCAGAAUGUCAAGAAGUGGGCCUGCCCGGCCUGCACCUACGAGAACUGGCCCCGCGCCAAGAAGUGCGCGCUGUGCAUGUGCAUGCGGGGUAAGCUCAGCCCCGAGUCGGGUGUGGCCGCAGGGAGCUCCCUGAUCGAGGAGAACCUGCGCAACGUGGAGGCAUCCUGCCGUGGCUCCCCGCCCAUGUCACCACCAAGGAGCCCUGACGCAACAGUGGAACUCCAGCAGGUGUCGCAGCCAUCGUCUGCCACCAGGGCGACCCCGCGGACAGUGCCUACCCACGGUACCAUCAACCUCUCGGAGCACGACAACCGCCUCAAGCAGAUACGCAAGCGCCUGCGCAAGUCGGACUGGCUCUUCCUGAAUGCCUGCAUGGGGGUGAUCGAGGGGGAUGCCCGGGCCGUGGAGCUGUACCUUACCUCAGGCGGGUCACCGACCCGUCAGCUUACUCGCGAUGAAGUGACCUUACUCAAUAGGCCCAGUGCCUUUGAUGUCGGUUUCACCCUGGUGCACCUGGCCAUCAGAUUCCAACGGGAGGACCUGGUUGCGGUGCUCUUGACGCCCGACGUCACGGCCAAUGUUGUGAAACGACCCCCUUCGCAGGUCUGCCCAGACCUGGCCACUGGUAUACGAAGGGAAAUCGCCAAGUCCCUUCGCCAAAGGAAGGGAGAUUUCCUUUGCUUCUUUGUGACGGAUCUGUUAACAUUCAUUUUGCCAGGAGAAAUUGAAGACUUCCCGCUUACCGUUAGGAAUCAGCUCUUUGACGAACUUCUAGACAGGGACGUACAAAAAGAAUUGGAACAGGAGUCCCCCAUCAUCAACUGGAGCGUUGAGGUCGCGGCCAGUCUAGGCAGCCGGCUCUACGCCCUCUGGAACCGCACUGCCGGCGACUGCCUGCUUGACUCGGUCCUGCAGGCCACGUGGGGCGUGUUUGACACGGACGCUGCCCUGCGACACGCCCUCGGGGACAGUCUGAAUGAGGGAGGCAUGAGGUUCUUCACGCGCUGGAAGGAGUACGAGUCCAUGCAGGUGGAGAGCAUGCACUUCACUCUAGACGAGGACCAGUGGGAGCAGGAUUGGUCCCUGAUGCUGAGCCUGGCCGGCCAGCCGGGAGCCGCCCUGGAGCAGAUCCACAUCUUUGCCCUGGCCCACAUCAUGCGACGACCCAUCAUCGUCUACGGCGUCAAGUACAUCAAGAGCUUCCGCGGCGAGAAUAUCGGCUAUGCACGUUUUCAAGGCGUUUACCUACCUCUACUCUGGGAGCCCAGCUUCUGCUGGAAGAGCCCCAUCACCUUAGGCUACACCCGGGGCCACUUCUCUGCCUUGGUCCCCAUGGAGACAGACUCGGACGACAACCAAGGGGCCGGGGCUAACCUGAACACGGACGACGAGACGCAGACAGUCUACCUGCCACUGACGGACUUUGAGGGCAAGCUGCUGCCCAUCCACUUCAUUACUCCUCUAGAGUUGGGCUCUGAGGAGCGACUCUUGAACGAGUGGUUUGACUGCUGCUACACCACGGGCGGGGUCUUCGUCGCGCAGCAGGUGCACCACAAGCGACGGCCCGUCCUGAUUGGUCAGAUGGUCGAGGAGUGGCUCCAGCGAUAUCGAAGGAUCGCCCAGCAGCUCUGACGCUAGUAGGCUCGUCGACCAACGAAUCAUCGUGAGCAUCUCUCCCAAAUUUAGUCGCAACAAAUCUUAUAUAUUUCUUAGAUUCUACGAUAAGUAUUGUACAUCAGGUCUCUAAUGUGUUUGCCUGCGGAAGGCAAAAAUGAGUUUUAGCACGAGUGUAUUUUGAGGUGAGAUUCUACAAAAAAAAAUAAUAGUGUAUUUUUUCGAGCAUGAGUGGAGAUGAGUGAGAUUUUGUGGAGUGGUCAGGUAUUUUCAAAAUUAUUAUCUUAUCUAGGUUAGAUGUUUUGGAUGUGAACAGGUUUACAGCAUUUACCCCUCGUGCAAAAUGGAAUUUCCCUUGAUUUGUAUGCGAAGCUUUAGAACUUUUACAUGUAAGCCAUCUUCAUCUGGGGCCAAUUUCACGGCGCUGCUAAGCACAAAAAUUUGCUUAGCACAAAAAAAGUCUGGCUUAUAAAAGCAGG